AUGACGGUCUCAAAAAAACAACUUCUCAUCGUCGGCGCUGGUGCCUCCGGCCUUCCGUCCAUCCGGUGCGUUUACGGUUUCUAGCAGGGCACACGUACUUCCGAUUCAUCAUUUAUGUACUUUUUGUCUUCAAACAAAGUGAUUUGAAAGUUCGCAACAGCAACGUAUUUUAAUCACUUUCGAAUUAAUUUAUUCCAACAGAAUCUAAAAGACUGUUUGAAAAUGUAUCUCGAUUGACCGUUUCCUUUCGCAGACAUGCAUUACUGUAUCCGAAUGUCGAAGUCACUUGCUUCGAAAAGUCAAGAGACAUCGGCGGAUUGUGGAAUUACAAACCGUACGAAACCGAUCGUGAGUAUUCAUUCGCUUCAUUCUUUGCAAAAAAUGCUUGCAGUGUCUUCGGUAAUGAAGUCGACAGUAAUCAACACUUCGAAAGAAAUGACAGCGUUUUCGGAUUUCCCUCCGGAAGACACGAUGGCCAAUUUCAUGCACAACACGGAAAUGUGUCGGUAUCUGAAGAAUUACGCAAAGAACUUCGGCCUCUUGGAUUACAUUAAACUCAAUCAUUCGGUGCUCUCAAUUGAGAGAAACAAAGAUUAUGAAAAGAGCGGAAAGUGGAGGGUACGGUACACGGACGGAGAAGGGGAAGAGCACGAGAAGGUGUUCGACGGAGUGAUGCUCUGUUCGGGACACCAUGCUAUCCCCCAUGUUCCGAAGCCGUGGUCAGGGCAAGAGCGAUUCAAGGGACGGGUUGUACAUUCGCACGAUUACAAAGACUACAGAGGGUACGAAGAUAAGAUCGUCGUCGUGGUCGGAAUAGGCAACUCGGGCGGAGAUUGUGCGGUCGAACUGAGCAGAAUAUCGAAGCAGGUGUACUUGGUUACUCGCAGAGGAAGCUGGAUAUUCAACAGACUCUUCGACCGAGGAGAACCCGUCGACCUGGUUUUCAAUACGUGAACCAUUUCUUCUGUGUUGUCCCUCCAAUCCAUUCAUUCUUUCAGUAAGUUCCAAUUGGCUCUCGCCCAGACAGUCCCGACCAGUCUCAUCAACUGGAACUUCGAAAGACUACUCAACCAGAGAUUCGACCACGAGAGAUACGGGCUCAAACCGAAGCACUCUGUCCUUUCGUCAGUGGUCCAGAGUCUUUGAUCCUUGUAAUAAUUCGUGACUUUGCAGAGCUCAUCCGACGAUGAACGACGAGUUGCCAAACAGAAUCGCGUGCGGAACAGUGCGAGUAAAGCCGGGAAUCCAGUCGUUCGGAGAGCACUCGAUUACUUUCGACGACGGCUCCGUAGUGGAUCACGUAGACGAGGUCAUCCUUGCCACUGGAUUCUCUUUCCAUUUUGACAUAAUCGAACGUGGAAAUCUAGUGAAAGUGAACGAAAACCAAACAGAAGCUUUCAAGUACAUGUUCCCAUUGGCUACCGCAGAUCACAACUCUCUGGCCGUGAUAGGAUUAGUGCAACCGGUCGGAUCGAUCAUGCCAAUCAGUGAAAUGCAGGCGAGAGUCUACUUAGAAACCUUCGCGGGAGAUCAGAAGUUGCCGAGCAGAGAGGAGAUGCGGGCGGACAUCGAAGCAACGAGAGAAGCAUUGGAACAUCGGUACGUGGCGAGCAGAAGACACACGAUCCAGGUGGACUACGGAAAGUACAUGCACGAUCUGGGAGAUCUGAUCGGAUGUAAUCCGGACAUGAAGACGUUGUGUAUGCAGAAGCCGUUGCUCGCUUGGAAAGUGUUUUUCGGGCCGUGCGUGCCGUACGUAUUCCGAUUGAACGGUCCCCAUAAAUGGGAAGGUGCAGAGGAAGCGAUUUGGGAUGUGAAUUACAGAGCGGUUCGGGUAAGAGAUCAGAAGGAGAGAGAGUGGGAAAAGGAGAUCUGAUUUCAGGCAACCAACAACAAAAUCGAGAGAAAUCGGGGCGCCGACUUCAAGAAGAAACUUUGA